GUGAGAGCUCUUGGCUGGGCCAGUGGCGCGCUGCCCCCGCCUCGCCUCCCUUUUACGCCCUCCCGCUAUGCAAGAUUUCUGCCUGAUCUGACCGCGCAGCGGGGCCACCAUGCUGAGGCAACAGCCCCUGUACGAGCUGGUGAGCUACAGGCAGCCGCCCUCCGUCCUGCUUGCCAAGCAAGCGCCCGACAGGUCCCAGUUCGCGCCAGAGUCGCUCCAGCAGGGGCCGGGAAGCAUCAAGGGCGGCGGCGGCAAGAGCGACCCAAAGACAGAGCAACAGCAGCUGCGGCGGAAGAUCAACAGCCGAGAGCGAAAGCGGAUGCAGGACCUCAACCUGGCCAUGGACGCCCUGCGGGAGGUGAUCCUGCCCUACUCGGCGGCCCACUGCCAAAGCUCCCCGGGCAGGAAGCUCUCCAAGAUCGCCACGCUGCUCUUGGCCAGGAACUACAUCCUCUUGCUGGGUAGCUCUUUGCAGGAGUUGCGGCGCAUCAUCGGGGAGAUGAGCGGCUCCGGCCCCCGGCUGCUGCUGGCCGGCUUGCCCCUCUUCGCCGCCGCCCCGGGCCCGCUGCUCCUAGCGCCGGGGACUUUGAACCCCCACCCCCCCCACCCCCACGCCCCCGACGACCUGCGGCCGGCCGGCAAGUACCUCUCCGUGCCGCUGGAGGAACAGCAGUGCGGUCAAGGCCACCUGCCCGGCAGGGCCAGCCUGUGCACCUGCGCAGUCUGCAAGUUCCCCCACUGCCUCCCCUCCGGCCUCGGCUUAGCGGCGGUGCAGGCGCAGUUCUCCAAGUGACCGCCCCGCCUGCCUCGGCGGGAGAGGCCUGCGAACCGGGAGGGAGGGACGGAGGGCGGCCGCGCCACG